UGUCUCAUUCGCCGAGAGAGUAGGAAGCACAAGUGACCAGUGAUAAGAAGCAGGUAAGGGUGUCUCUCCCAGACACAUACUGUAGGUGGGCGAGUCUCUGAGUGCAUCAGGCGGAGCUUACUUGGUGCCUCCUGUAGAGCUGAGCUGGACCUACAGACGCCUCUCUCUCGAUUUAAAGUUGCUGCUGCUGUUCAGGGAACUGGCCUGUCUGCAACAGGCGAGGGGACAAGAGCCCUGCUCCAGCUCUGUUGUGCACAUCUCUGCUGAGUGUGGCUAUGCUGCAAUACAAACCUGACUUUAAGCAUCAGUGGAUAAACUGGAGCUCUAUAGAUUCUGUGCGUUCGGUAUCUGGAGCCACAUGUCGGUAAUGUCACCUCUCGUUACCCGCCGUUGGCAGCUUCGGCAUUACAACCUGCUGGGAGAUCUGUUCCAUGUGAAGAGGCUUUGCGCCUGGAGGUGGGGGAACAGGAGGCGCUGAAAGUCAGGGAGCUUCCAGAGCUGUUGGGUCUAGAUUCCUUUACACCCUGACAUCUGAGCACUAGUCCGUUUAUCUGUCGGACUUACCCAAACAUUUCCUCCUCCUGGGGCUGUUUCUUUUAGCGGCUCCAUGCACGAUUUCGGCUGAAACCAUGUCUGUUGGUCUGGGGUUGGCGAUCCGCGAUGGCCCCGUGGUGGCCAGGUACUUCCCUGCUCUCUACUAAGGCUCCUCGGAAACUUGUGUUCCUAUUCACCUUGUCGUUGUCCGUCACUUAUCUCUUCUACAGCUUGCUCAGCUGCUACAGCUCAUUGCAGUUCCCUUUGCAGGACGCCGGUAUCUAUCUGCAGCCAGAGUCUGGGGUCAGCCCAGUGGAUGUAAUCAGAGCCGCUUCUCUAAAGCCUGACACCAGCAAUCGAGAUAUAAUCAACCCAGAGGUGGGGUACUCUCCCCUACCCUCUCAUAAAAGACCAGAACGAAAGACUAAUAACACCCAGCCUGUCCUCCCGAGUACCAGAAGUAGCAGCAGUUCGGAAUCCUAUUUCCAGCCCAGAGUUGUCAGCAGCACCAAGGAAAGGGACUGGGACACCACUUUAAAAGCAGAGCUAGCACCCUGGACGCAGGGAGAUAUAACUGCCCCUGUGUCUCCUUCUGCCCUGGUGGAAUUCGGCAAUUCUGAUCCCUCUAUUGCCCAUACCAGCAGCGAGGAUAGUGCUCUGGAGCCGCCGUCAUCGGAGUUGGCUGCUACUAGUUUCAGCAGGAUCAGGACUUCAGGCACCGUUCUCCAGCUCGGCUUGUUGUCGCCUACUGCGGGGACCAGCGCUCCGUUCCACUUAGCCACCCACCGAUCCAGACCCGAAGGCAGUGCUCUUAUCCAUACCAAUUAUCAGAAAUCCAGCACCUUGGACAUCGUUCAUAUCCGAGACCGCAGCCCGGUGGGUUAUACAGCACUCAGGUUCAAUUCGGAGAACAGCGUUCAGUUUCCAUCCACGGCUGCAAGUAUCAGCACCUCGGACAGCGCUCCCGUCCGCGCUAUAGUCCAGAGAUUCAGCACCUCGGACAGCGCCCGCUCUACAGCCCAGAGAUUCAGCACCUCGGACAGCGCUCCCGUCCACUCUACAGCCCUGAGAUUCAGCACCUCGGACAGCGCUCCCGUCCACUCUACAGACCAGAGAAUCAGCACAGCGGACAGCGCUCCUGAGCAUCCUAAUACCCAGAGAUUCAGCACCUUGGACAGUGCUCCCAUCGAUUCCAUUAGCCAGAGAUUCAGCACCACGGACAGCGCUCCAAUUCCUUUUCCCUUCCAGAGGUUUAGCACCUCCGACAGUGGUCAUAUCCCUUUCUAUACCCAGCUAUUGAGCACCUCUGACACGGCAUCUAGCCUGCGUUUUCCCCGUUAUACAAACCCUCACAUUUCGCCCCCACUCCAAGAAUCAGGAAACGCGAAUAAAGAGUUUCCCUACACGGAUGGUCAAACGUCCAGCAGCGCCACGGCAAGCACCGCUAACCCCAGUGUGGCUCCCAGAUGGAACGAUGACAGCGCAUCGCUUUCAGUUCCACUCCAUAAAGAAAGCUACGGGGCAGACAAGAGUAGAGACCCUAUAAAAUCGCAUACUGUGAUAUCAGCGUCUAGUUCAGGGGAGAGUAACAGACCCUCGGAUUUUACAAGCAAUGAAAUGCACACAUCACUCUCCACAUGGGACAGAACUCCUUUGGCUGCCACUGAAAUGAUUCCAGAGUCUCACACUGGGUUUUUGGAGAGAGAACCUCAGGAAUCUAGUACUACAGAGGAAGAGUUCAGUCGCAGAGUAUCCGUCAACAGCACUGCUGAGUAUGGAGACAAGAAACUGCCUCAAGCAAUUAUUAUUGGGGUGAAAAAAGGGGGUACCCGUGCUUUGCUGGAAGCUCUAAGAGCCCACCCCGAUGUCAGGGCAGUCGGUGUAGAGCCUCAUUUCUUUGAUAGGAACUAUGAGAAGGGACUGGAGUGGUACCGUGAUCUGAUGCCGAGGACAAUAGAAGGGCAGAUAACGAUGGAGAAGACACCCAGCUAUUUUGUCACCAAUGAGGCUCCACAGAGGAUUCACUCAAUGGCCAAAGACACCAAACUCAUUGUGGUGGUAAGGAACCCGGUGACACGUGCCAUAUCCGAUUACACUCAGACGCUAUCUAAGAAACCAGAGAUUCCAACAUUUGAGGUCCUGGCCUUCAAAAACAGGACCCUGGGGCUCAUUGAUGCUUCUUGGAGUGCACUUCGGAUAGGCAUCUAUGCUCUGCAUUUGGAAAGUUGGAUGCAGUACUUUCCCCUCUCCCAAAUCCUUUUUGUUAGCGGAGAACGUCUCAUUAGCAACCCAGCUGAAGAACUGGCCAAAGUUCAAGAGUUUUUGGGUCUCCGGCGGAUUAUCACUGACAAACACUUUUACUUUAAUAAGACUAAAGGCUUCCCAUGUCUGAAAAAGCCAGAAGACACAGGUGCUCCUAGGUGCUUGGGAAAGUCCAAGGGCCGGACUCAUCCCAAAAUCGACCCAGAUGUCAUUCGGCGACUGAGGAAAUUUUACAAACCUUUUAAUGCUAUGUUUUACCAAAUGACAGGGCAGGAUUUUGAGUGGGAGAAAGAAGAUCUGGAAAGCUAAAAACAGACACGUGGUGGGAAAACUUUUCACAAAAACAGAGUAUUAAUAACAAACUAGACUGUGGACACAGUUUCUGCAGUGUACCGAGAAUAAUUAUUAUUUUGCCAACAAACAAAUUCUAAAGAAAACUAUGAUUCUAACACAGGGGGUAAUUAAGAGUUGAUCGUAGCAGCAAAUUUGUUAGCAGUUGGGCAAAACCAAGUGCACUGCAGAAGGGGGGCAGAUAUAACAUGUGCAGAGAGAGUUAGAUUUGGGUGGAGUGUGUUCAAACUGACAUCUAAAUUGCAGUGUAAAAAUAAAGCAGCCAGUAUUUACCCUGCACGGAAACAAAAUAACCCACUCAAAUCUAACUCUCUCAGCAAAUGUUAUAUCUGCCACAACUGCAAUGCACAUGGGGGGCAAUUCAGACCUGAUCGCUCGCUAUCGUUUUUUGCAGUGCUGUGAUCAGGUCAGAACUGCGCAUGCACAGAGCCUGCCUUAGGCAUAGGCAAACUAGGCAAAUGCCUAGGGCAUUUGGUAUGCUAAGGGGCACCAGCAGCUUCUGCUGAUUAAAAUGAUAUGCGGCAUGCCUAUAUUCUGUGUGUGACUGCAGCUGCAUACAAAAUACUACAUUGCAGUGUAUUCCUGGAAAUCACUGUAAUGUAGCAUUUCUUAUGCAGAUACAGCCGCAGUCACACACAGGAUAUAGGCAUGCUGCGUAUUAUUUUAAUCAGCAGAAGCUGCUUGUGCAUUCUAGCCACAUAGUAAUGCAAAUAAGGUGCAUUUUCAGAAACAAAAGGCGCCAGACGUUAGCAGAACUGCCAGAUGACUCAUGCCAGGCAUCUCCUGCAGAACUAGUGGCGGUGCUAGGGGGCACCAGCCAAAAUCUUGCCUAGGGCACCAUAUUGGUUAGGGCCGGAUCUGCGCAUGCGUAUGCACUGCAAUGCACAGGUGCGUCGCACAGGUAGUGGUUUGCUGCCCUGCUAUGGGUUUGUGCGAAGAAUCCAUUUGCGCGGGCGAUCGCAAGGUGAUUGACAGGAAGAGGGUAUUUGUGGGUGUCAACUGACCGUUUUCUGGGAGCAGUUGGAAAAACGCAGGCAUUCCCAAGCGUUUGCAGGGCGGGUGUCUGACGUCCCGGACAGGCUGAAGUGAUCGAAGCGGCUGAGUAAGUCCUGAGCUACUCAGAAACUGCACAAAAUCUUUUUGUACUGCUCGGUUGCAUAUGCGAUCGCACACUUGCACAGCUAAAAUACACUCCCCGGUGGGCGGCGACUAUGUGAAUGCAGGACUGCAAAAAACAGCUAGUGAGUGACCAGGUCUGAAUUACACCCCAUGGUUUUGCCCAACUGCUAACAAAUUUGCUGCUGCAAUCAACUCUGAAUUACCCCCAUAUUGCGGUUGUUUCAGUUACAGCAUGGUAAUACAGGUAAAUCUGUACUAUCCCUAACAAAAGUGGACGAUGAUCAAAAAGGGCAUAUAAAUAAUUUGUCAGGUAUUACCCUAGUUUUCAUUCAGCUUAACAGCUUCUCUACUACAAUAUGUUUUAUACUGUAGGUGUGCGUGUGUAUUAUGUUGUUUUUCCAUUGUUUCAAAAAAAGCAUUAUUUUUUAACAAAAUAUAUUUACCUUAAAAAAUGAAGUUUUUUCACUAAAAGAAAAUUAUUAGUAUUAAGUUUCAACAAAGAAAAAUGUUCAACUUCUGUUUAGGGCAUAUGAGAUUUACCUGUAUGUUUUCCAGAAGGCUGUAAAUAUGACAUAUGGACUGUAGCUAACAGCAACCAAUCACACGUGCUCUUUUAUUCAUGACUUGCACUAGACCGAACAAAACUAUCGUGUGAUUCGUUGGUCUGGGUUACUGCACAUUUGUGAUAUUUACAAUACGGCAGAUCUUUGUUACCUCUUUUAUACAGUAUAUGAUCAGUAUGGCUUAUUUGGAAGUACAGUAGAUGUACUGUAGAUGACAUAAGUAUUUUAUGGACACUGAAAGAGCAAAUAUAGGUAUAUCUUUUAUUGCAUAUUUUGGGAAAAGGUACAUAUGAGAAUCCUAUCACCCUAUUUUGGACCUUUUUUUUUUGGAUAUGUUAAAAUCACUUGCCAAAAACUACCACUGAGCAGAGACGAUGAGGAAGCACAGAUAUUUAAAGCAUAUUUUAUUUUCAUGACUGGUUAUCCAGAUUUAUUUAAAAAUAAAUUCCUUUGUGGUUUU